GCUAACUUUACGGCGUGCCAAACAAAUUGCAUUGUGUGGUUCAUUUCCCGAUGUGUUUUGCGUAUAUUCCUGUUUUCGUGUUGUCGUGGACCUUCGCAGAUUCCCCGCAAAUAUGUGGUCUUUGCGUGACACGGAAACAAACGUCGUGCGCUACCGUCUUCUGUGCGGCGAAGAAUGCACGGUGGGUCGCAAAGGCGCGGGCAUUUUGAUCGCGAACGAUGCAUCGAUAAGCCGGGAGCACGCUGUGCUAUCUGUAGCUCCCUUGCCCGACGAUCGACUCGGCGACGUUUCCUACGUGCCCCUACUUCGAGUGAAGGACCUCGGCUCCAAGUACGGGACGAGCGUCAACUCGAGAGAACUCGCUAAAUCCGAGGAAACUGCUCUGAGAGAAAACGACAUUGUUACUUUCGGAAAGCUCGGCAGCAAGUACAAGGUGAGCUACGAUGCUCCGUUCGUAGUGACAACAUCGUGCCUCUCGACGCCCGAUAAGGAGCGUCUCAAGGAAACGUUGAAGAAAAUUGGAGCCAGGCUGAAGCCUGAAUGGUCCGAUUGCUGCACGCACGUUGCGAUGGCCUCCAUUCGCCUCACGAUGAAGACGACGGCUGCCCUGAUAGCCGCGAAGCCCGUGGUGACACCGGAAUUCUUCGCAGAGGUGCAGAACCGCGUACAGCGCCAGGACCUAACCGAAGUUGAUCCGGCGGCUUUCAUACCGGACGUCACGGAAGAGUGUCUGACGUUAUCGAAAGAAACUUUCGGCUGCAACGAAGCUCGCAAGAGCGUAUUCUCCGGAAAGACAUUCUAUUUCUUGACGGAGAAGCAGUACAAGUCUCUAGGAGAGCUGGUUGUGUCGGGCGGCGGUCGAGCGCAGUUGGUGCGCAACCCCGAUCGGCCGACGCCCGCGCUCAUCGCCGAAGGUAGCUGCGUCAUCAAGCCCGGCGACGGCACCGAAACACCGGUGUGCCGCUACCUACUUAAAAACAAGCUUCGUUCUCUUUCCGCGUCGGACGUCGGCAUGGCGGUCAUCUACUGCUCGACCGAAAAGUUCUGUAACCCUCGCAACAGGAUGGUGAACGUGUUGUGGGGCGACGAUAUGGUUUCAACGCAGCCGCAAUCGCAGGAGGAAGUGUGCGCGCCGGAUACCGAGCCGUCGCAGCAGGGCGUGGUUCCGAGGCGUAAAGACCCGUUGUGCGCACCGUCCACUUCUCGAAUCAUUCCCGAGAGCAGGUUGCCGAGUGUGUCAGCUUCAUUUGGGAGCAACCUCGACCUUUUACUAGACGGCAACACGGGAACGACGACCGUUAGUGAACUGACUAAGGGUAUUCUGUCGCCAGUCAAGGGAUCGCCAAUCAAGGAUCAGCUUGGCUGGACAGCCUUCAUCACCUAAACGGUCGCCCCGCAAGAUCAGGAAGAAAGAUUCUCAGGGGACCCUUCCCUUGGAAUGCUACUUUGGCAGGCUAUCUCAGAAGAGGAAAGACGACACUCCUGAAGAAACAAGUGCUGCAAAGGUUCCUAGAUUGGACCUAGCAUCCAACGGAGGUGACAUGGAAAUUGAAAUUAAACAGGAGGUGCUUUCAUCACCUGAGCAGCAAGAACAGUGUGCGAGUUUAGCUG